AUGUCGGUUAAUUCAUCUGCAAUUAAUCGUCUAUGCACUGGCAAUGAGAAUAGUGAUGUCAGCACAUCUUCUGCAGAGGAUUCCGGUGAAGAACCUGAUUCUGAGGCGGGCAGUCAAGUUUGCGAUGCUGAUGCACACCACUCAGAGUCAAGUCGUCCCAGAAGGUGCCAUGAGCCAAUGGAUACAGAACCCCACUUUAUCCCACCAAGCGGCUCUGAUGAAGCUGAGGAUUCUUCUGAUCCUCUACAUCCGUUUACCAUUCGUCUCGUACUUCCAGCCCGUACAUUGCCCCCCGCAACAAUGGCUUUGUUAGAAACUGAUGAAGAAGAAGGCGAAAGGGCCGAAGAGGAUAAUGAACGCGAAGACAAUCGGCAGGAAGAACAACACAUAUUUGAGGCUGGAUUCUCAUCUUUCGGUCGUCACUUAGAUUCUACUUGUUCCACCUCUCCUUUUGCCAGCAGAGGAUCUUCUCUGUCCAGUUCCAGAUCUAAGGGAUCUCCGCUGAUUCGCAUUUCUUCUGCUGCUCGUUCCCCGAUCUCCAGCAGUUUUGCUAACUCCGAAUCAUUAUCACUAAGUCCCCAUCAUUCUCAGAAUCCGUCCCACCUAUCACGCCACCAUACAGCCAACCGCUCUCGCAUGCGCGAGUUACUGCUGCUACAGCCCUUUUUACAGCCUUUCUUGCAGCAGGUCAAUUCCGACCGUGUUCUCAGAGGGGCCUGGCAAGUGCUAGAUCUGCGUAUAGCUGCUUUUUCUGUUUCUAUUCAAAGGGACUCGGCGGAUAUCACAUCUGCCACCUCAAUGCCGAAUACAUCCACAACCACGUCUGUCUCCCCCGCCUCUUCCUCUCGCCUCAUGGACCCAAGGCCUGCUCCGUUUUCCGCUUCUUCAUUCUCUUCAUACCUAACUCGCGUUCAACGUCGUUUAAUCGCAAUGCUUUCGCGCCAAUCUGCAUGGACUCCGAGGCUACAGCAGGGUCAUGCAGAGCCAUCUACCUCCUCUGUCAUUACAGAUUGUACAAACGACCGGCCUCUUUCGAUAUCACAGUCAAGCCGACGCCGACAUAGGCAAUGUCUGCUCCCCAUCACACUCUCAGACGAAGAUGAUGAUGAUGCAAUGACGCCAUCGACUUUGCCUGGUUUCACAUCGUCAAUCGAGAGGCCCGGUUCAAUUACUUUAACUGGAGAUCGACAUUCUGAGAUCGGCGUGGAGGAAACUGAACAACCUCCGAAUGUGCAAUCGAUGGAGGAAAUCGACUAA